CUCGAUUAUCUGGGUUAUUAAUCGAUUACUCGAUUAAUCGAUCGAUAUUACGACAUCCCUAUGAAUGUCAAGUGGAUAGUGUUGAUAUGUGUCAUUUAUUUAUAUGUUUAAGGUGUUUUUCACAUAUCGACGAUGAAUUUUACAUCAGUUACAGCAAAAGCAUUUUCAGCCAUACAAAGCUUGAAUAUAGCGGAUCUAGUUGAAUGCAGCUUCUCUGAUAUUCGACCACUUUUACCAUGCUUGGUUCGAAUGAGUCUCCUUCCGCCGCUGGAUACCUCACAACACUGGUUGAACAUUCGAAAGCAGUUGCUACCUAUUCUAGCUAGCAUAGAGAUUGUCAACAACAUUGUAUCACUGUUACAAGUGAGUUUUCACGAGUUAGAAGUGGAUGUAAAAAAGGAACAGCAAAUAAGGCAAAAUAUUGGCUAUACAGCACAAGAUUCGGCCCAGUUUCACAGUCUUCCAAAUGGGGUUGUGAUGGGAUUCGAAAGAGCAGAUAUUUUAAGUAAAGUGCGAGUUGUUCUUUCCGAGUUGUUCUAUAUUCAAGCUCAAGUUACUGAACAAACUACACAAACCUCUGUCCAGAAGUCUAACGAAGUUAUCAUUAAAAACUCGGAAUUAUUCGAUAACGACAUUUACUUGGAGGAAAUAGCUGAUAUAAUUUGUAUUGCUCUGGCCGAACUACCAUCACUGUUAAGUGUAUUGGAAGUAGUUGAUACUCUUUUGUAUGUAAAUAAUGGAUCAAAACUCAUCUGUUGGGUUGUCGCAAAUAUGCCAGAUUGUUUCCGAGAAGUAGUUGCUACAUUAAUCACCAAUGGAGAUGAAGAUAAUUCUGAAGGUAAACUUAGGCUCGCUGCUCUCUACGAAUUAUGUGAUAUGAACCCGGGUCAAGCUUUGACAACGCGAAUGAUUUGCGUUGAACAUACUAAGAUGCCCUCGCUGAUGCUUAAACUAAGCUUAAAAGAUCCAUCUAACUUGGUUGCAUUUGUUUCCGGUUUAUUGCUUGGAAACGACCAAAACAUACGCUCAUAUUUUGCUUUGUAUGUUAGAUCCAGUCAAAAACGAAAAGGAGAUGCAUUACAAUUAUUAAGAGAUGAACUGAUGAAGCAGUUACAACACAUUGUGAUAUUCUCCAAAAAUGCUCAAUUACCAGAGGAACAUGUUGUUCAGUCAUCCGCUAUGCUAAGAUUGUACUGCGCUCUACGUGGUAUCUCUGGAAUUAAGUUCAUGGACGAAGAAAUAUUGUAUUUGAUUCAAUUAAUCACAUCAAAGCCUCCACCAACACCGGCGGGUAUCCGAUUCGUAUCACUAGGGUUGUGUAUGUUAAUAGCGUGUCCAUCAUUACUGGCGAAUCAAGGAAUAGAAUCAAAAAUCGUUGAAUGGAUUCAAUGGCUAAUUAAAGAAGAAGCUUAUUUUGAAAACAUGAGUGAGGUGUCAGCUUCAUUCGGAGAGAUGCUCCUGUUAAUGGCAAUUCAUUUCCACAGCAAUCAACUGUCACAUAUAUGCGAAUUAGCUUGCUCAACGCUAGGAAUGAAAUUUCCUCUUCGCCCAAAUACAAUUAACAGAAUGAAGCAUAUCUUCACGCAAGAAAUUUUCACCGAACAAGUGGUUGCAGCUCAUGCAAUAAAAGUUCCAGUUACUUUAAAUCUUAAUGCAAAUAUUCCUGGCUAUUUACCAGUACAUUGCAUACAUCAGCUUCUCAAAUCUCGAGCAUUUUCAAAACACAAAGUUCCCAUUAAAAAUUGGAUAUAUAAGCAAAUUUGCAAUUCUAUCACACCAUUACAUCCUGUUUUACCUGCAUUAAUUGAGGUAUAUGUAAACUCCGUUAUUCUGCCCAAUCCCAAAAAUUCAGUAGAACAUACUCACCAGGCACUCUCUGAGCAAGAAAUACAACAAGUUUUUCAAUACACACCAUUUUACAGCGAUCAGGAAAAUGUAAAACCUCAACUCGAAUCAACAGAUUCCAAUAGAAUAAACGAGUAUUCUCGUGACAACAUUAAUAUAACUCCGCAACUACUUCUUUUGUAUUAUCUUCUAUUAUAUGAGGAUGUUCGUCUCAAUAAUAUGUCUAACAUAAUCGCCAGUGGUCGACAAAUUGAGAGUUAUUCAAACGAAUUUAUGUGUGAGCUUCCCAUUAAGUACCUAUUGCAACAGGCGCAAAAAAACCAACAAGAAUAUAGUGUGCUGUUUAGUCCAUUACUCCGCUUACUUAUAACACAUUUUCCGCAUUUGUCGCUUGUUGAUGAUUGGAUAGACGAAGAAGGCCUCGCAAUGGAACAUAUUUCUAGUGGAUUCCUGAAUAAGUUUAAUGUAAUUGAAGCUUUCGAGGAAAUUGAUAGAAAUCCGGGUAAAAUAAUAAAAUAUCUAAAAGUAAUGAUGAAAAUGUCCCCUACAGAUUUGUGGGCCUUAGCAGAUAUCCUAAUUCAAUAUUUCAAAACAAUUCUUAGCAGCUCAGUUCCCCGUCUUGCUCAAGAGCUUUAUAAAAACGUAUGGAUACGUUUGAACUCUGUAUUGCCUCGGCGCUUGUGGAUAAUAUCGAUCAGAGCACUGAUGCCAGAGGAUACAGUCACUAAAAAUUUCACAUUGACUCAAGAAACCAUGUUGAUUGAUCCACUACAAGUAUUGAGAUGUGACGAGCGAGUGUUUCGUUGUGCUAGUGCGCUCGCAGUUGUGCUCCGAAUUUUGCAAGCUACUUUGGCCACUUCUAAAAGUCAACUAUCACGUCAUAUGCUUGAUAAACCAUUAAUAGAUGUUGGCUAUCAAGUCAAGUCGGAUAUAGACCGCGAAGAACUCAAACUAGCGCUUGUGGCAUCACAAGAAAGUGUAGCUGUGCAGAUUUUACUAGAGGCGUGUAUUGAAUCUAAAGAGGAUCGACUAAAACCAGGCCGUCAAUGGGCACUUCGUGAGAUUCGUGGCGUGAUUUGUUCUUACAUACAUCAAGUUUUCAUCUCUGAACCAUCGCUUGCCAAAUUGGUACACUUUCAAGGUUAUCCGCGAAAUCUGCUUCCCAUAACGGUUAGAGGAAUUCCAUCGAUGCAUAUUUGUCUCGACUUCAUACCCGAACUACUCAGUAUGUCAGAGAUGGACAAACAAAUUUUUGCUAUCGAUUUAACAUCACAUCUUUCGCUUCAAUAUUCCUUACCAAAGUCACUUAGUGUUGCGAAAUUGUGUUUGAAUACAUUGACUACGUUGUUAGGGGUUCUUUCCGGUCACACGCGCAUCGAAAUGUUUCGAGCAAUACUUCCAUGUAUAAUCCGCUUCGCUGAAGCCUUUCCUCCUCUGUUAGAUGAAUGCAUUAUGAUUCUAUUGCAACUAGGUAGGAUCUCCGUUUCCCAAUCGGCAAUAGGACGACCGGCGUCUCUUCCUACUCUCUUCCUUGGUCCAGAGGCAAAGGUGCGAUCCCAGAGCAAACGCUCGCAGUAUGCGGAAAAGUUGGUGGAUGCAGUGAAAGAAGCAUACUGUAAACUAAUAAACGAUGCGAUUUCAAAUCCAAAAAUUUAUUGAAUUUUAGAAACCUUCAAAAUAAAACUGAAUUUAUUUAUUAAUGUUGGUGUAAUAAACAAGUAUAAUUUCUAA